AAUACGUGUGUUAAUUAUGUAUGUUGUGUUGUAUAUGUAAUGUGUUUAUAUUUAAAUAUUUUAACACCAUUAGAUUUCCAUAUCAUCCUUGAGGUCCUAUCGUCGAGAUACGAUACGUUUCUUUUUUUUCAGUAGUUUUCCCCGUGGGCUUAUUCCAUUAAAAUUGCAAAAGUCUAUUUGAAUUUUGAUACUUUAGGGAACGAAAUGUCAACAUUAAUUUUUGAUAAAUUUACUCGCGUCAAGAAAGAUGAGCUUGAGUAUAUUUUGUCUCCGCGCGCAGUCUAGAAGCUAUGAUAGUAAACAAAAUCGUUCAAAAAGUGCAAACCGACUGCAGGCCUGCUCUCUCACCGAUCGGAAACAGUGUAUCACCGAAAGGUAAUGCAUAUAUCACUGAUUGAUAUAGUUAUAAGUAUACCACUGAACUCAGGCUGUUUACUGUUUUUCAGUGGACAAUACAUUGAUCCAGAUUUAGAGAGCACCGUCUCGAGCGACAAAAAAAGAUUCCCACCUAAAAAAAUCGUGAAGAAUCGUCUUACAGACGUCUUUCGAACAUCUUAUCGCACGAAUUUGAUCAGCUUGAGCUCAUUACGUUAGCGCGAGCAUCGACAAAGAGGUUUGGUGCCCCCCCGCGAAUCAACUCGUGGCUUUCGCGCCUGCAGCUCGGUGCUCCACGAGGAACAGACGGAGACGGAUGAAGGAGGCACUCGGGUAAGAAGAGGAACGCGGUAGGCAACGCGGCAGGCAGGCGUGAAAGUCGGCGGCUCCUCCAACACGCAUGCCUGACGCCCGCUGACGCCGCCGCGGUCGUCGUCAUUGUCGUCGCCGUCGACGUCCGCCUUCCUAUCGACGAGUCGGUCGCGACGGUGCCAGCCAGUGGCCCCACGACCGUCGAAACAAACCCCUCCGCGUCGAGCCGGCGACGAGGAUGCGCAGGGGAGACGGUGGAGGAGGAAGUGGCGGACGACAACGACGACGCAAAGGGAAAAGGAGGUGCGGUCGAGGCGCGCCCGCUCACCUCGGCGUCAUUCGCGGGGGCAGCGGUCUGGCUGACCUGGGGACCCACACGUGUCUCUCGCUCUGACGUCGCGCAUCGCGCCUGGCGACGCGCCCGACGUGCAUCCGUAACGCGCGAUCACCUGUCUCGCGACCUCCCCCGCUCGGUGCGAUCCGCGAAUAAUUAAAGCUACUGUUGCGGAAGGAGGAAAGAGAGAGAGAGAGAGAGAGAGAGAGAGUAGAGAAAAAAAGCAUUGCUCGCGACACGGACUCGUGGAGCUCACUCGGGUAGCAACGAGACGAGGUGGAUCGACGUUGUCUAGGAGACCACGGCGUUGUCGCGCAGCAGGAGAGCGGUCGAACGCAUUUUUUCGAUAAGAAUAACGAAGGUUCCGAGUGCGGAGAAGGAGCGAACGGAGCAGCGCAGUUCUCCUGACGGGCGUGGGUCUUCUGCGCCGAACGGUGCACCGAGCGGUGGCUUUGACAUCGCUACCGGCACACGAGGUGUUGUCGUCGAUGCCGUAGGUGGGAAUCAGUACGUCGGCGUCUACCGCGGCGCGCAGACCUCGAGGAUGUGUCGCGGCGCGUUUCAACGUGCGCGCAAAAAAACGAACGAGUGAACUUGGCGUCGUGGUGAAGCGAGUUUCUACCAAAAGAUUUCCGGAUGUUUGGGGGGAAUUCGUUCAAGUGUGCUGUUCGCCCGAUUGAUUCACUUUUCUCGCGCGAUGGUGAUCAGUGGUGCGGUACCGAGUCGCUGAAGUGAUCUCUCGUGUGCGUACUCUUCGAGCGAUCGGACGAUUUAACCCCUCGGAAUAGUGAAAGAAAGAAAAAAAGAAACGCGGGGUGAAUUUGACGCAGAGCGAAAUUCGACGCUUCAUUCUGUCUCGCAGGAUUAGCCCGACUAAUACAUAUUGUCGAAGAUACGUCGCCACGCGCGACGCCGAAGAACAAGGAGGCUCCUUGUCGGGCGACAGAAAUUAUCGGUCUACGAGGGCGUCAGAGAGAAGCGGGGAAAGUUCAAGCAAAAAAACAGAUAGCGCGUCAACGACACGUUCAUCGUUCGUGCGCGUGCCUGUGAUGUACGACUAGAAGGACAAGAAGAUACAAACUACAACGAGAACGAGGAUCACACCUUGCUACAACGUAGACGAUCCGUUCGUGUCUUUGCCGUUCUUCAGCCUUUACGUUAACUUUGCCUGGAACGUCGAAGAGUCUUCUAGAGCGGAGAGUACGCGUCUACCUACAAAUCGCACAAUGUUUUGCUUUCAAAGUCCCUUCACGCGAUCGUCGCGUAGCGUCGUGUCCACCGCGUCGCUGUCGACAGGCAAGAGCAAAUCCUCUCUGACCAACGCGAUCCUGUCAUCCAACAAAAUGUCCAACGCGAGCGAGCGCGAUCAUCGACGUGGCUCCGAGGCGACCAGCGAGGGCUCCAAUUCCUCCAUCAGAUACAUCGAUCAGGAGGUCUCGAUGUCCGGCGGUAGCAGCACAGACACUCUACCGGGUAUUCGUGCCGAUUAUCUCGACCCCGAACCCUUAUCGCCCGGAGCGGAUGCUCUGACCUCGCCGAGCGGCAUAACGGUCGUUUUGAAUGGUAACGGUACCAACGAGCAACGGAUUCUGUUGCAGAAUGAAAGUCAUCAGACCGCACGUUCCUUGCCAUCGCCGACGAAGAAGUCGAACAACAACGGCAACAGUUGGCGCCGAAAGCUCAUGCUGCGGCUUCGCUCCAGCGAUUCCUCGAACCUGAACAACGGCGAGACGCGCUCCUCCUCGACAACUCCCUCGCCCGCGAGCGAAUCGACCGCGGAGUCCUCGUCCUCGUCGAGAAAUCCCCGUACGGACCAGGGACAGCAAAGUGGCAACGCGACCGUGUCGUCGCCGGCGGUGCAGAUCGACGUGAUCGGAAAUCCUCAGGUGGCUGUCGCGUCUGUCGGUGACAUACCGUCUUUGGAGAAUGGCUUCAGCGAGCCUGAAGAGAAUGACGACGAGGAGGAGGACGAGGAGGAGGCUUGUCCGGAGACCGAGACGGAGGAAAACUCAUCUUUACCCUCCAGCCCUGCGGCCGCAUCCACCGUCGGCCUGACCUCCUCUACGGUGCCCUAUUACGACUUCCUGUCGGUGAACGGCGGCGUGCUGCGACAGGAGACCACCAGCACCAGUUCGCCGCAGCUGUCGUCCGGCGCGAGUUUGCGUUCCAGCGAGGAAUCCCCGCCCGCCGACACCUGCAGCUCCUACGGCGAGGACAGCAGCCCGGGCAUGGAUUCGCUGAAGCCCGAGGGUCUGGACGCGUCCGGGUGCCUACCGGCCGCGAGGUCCUGCCCGAAUUUGGAGCGGCAGAGCGCCGGCUGUUCGUCGACCAGCGGCUCGUCGAGCCCGAGUCCGAGUCCGGGCCCGGUCGGACCUCGUUUCAAACCCCUCGAGGAAGGCGACAUACAAGUGUGCUACCUCAAUCACACCCGGACCCUCGUGAAAAAGAUCCUGUCGAGCAAGUUCCUUAGACGCUGGGAGACGCAUCAUCUCUAUCUCAAUGACGCUUGUCUGUCCUCCAAAACGCUCACGGGUUUUCUUCAGCAACCUGUUCCGUACAGCAGCAUGUCGGAGGUCCGGAAGUAUGUUGUCGCCAGGUGGGACCCCGCGUAUAAGAACUGCCUCAGUAUCGUUCUGCCAGACGGUUCGCUUCUUCUGCAAGCCAGCAACGCUUACACGAGGGACCAGUGGUACCACUCGAUAUUAUGGAAGAAAAACAUUUUCAAGUAUCAACACCUCGUGUCGAUGAGCACACGAGAAGAGGUGAUAUUGCGCGAAUUGCGCACCAUGGUGGACUUCGCCCUAUGGACACCACUCCAGGACGAGAGGGUGGCGGGCGCGCCGCUCGAGGCGGUCACUAAAUUGCUGGACGAGCCCAGCACGGAGCUGCUCGACUCGGACGGGAAAACCGAGGAGAUCUUCCGCGAUCGUAGGGGCUGGGCAGAGGCCGUGCUCGCCGUGGUGGCACCGCUUCUGGAAAAAGCAGCUCCCCCGGCGGCGCUCGCGAGAGUACUCGCCAGACUGGCGCAACAGCAUCCGCGAUCGCAGCUGGUCCCGAUGCUCAGCCCGGCGAUCACGAGAUGCCUCAAGCACACUGUUGACUUUGGCAAGUCGCCGGACAUGAGAAAGCUGCUGCAGGUGUUCGUCGCCGCUUUGUAUCAGAACAACGACGGCGAGCAGGCGAUCAGGGAUUACAUCUCGUCAGUUCACGGGCCUGGUAGCGAUUGUCCUCACCCGAGGGUACUUCCCAAUCUCGUAUCCAUUUGCGUCGCGGCCAUAUUCCACAGGUUCGAGGUGUCGAGUCGCGCGUCGUUGAACGAGGACAAACCGCCGUCGUUGCCACCGUUACAGUGUUACCUGCUUGUCUUGAAUAUCGCGUCAGAGUACAUCGACUGGCGUCCAGGUCUCGGGGCAUUGUUGCAACCCGUUCCAUUCCCGGAAGACGCUCUAACCAUGAGAGAGGUGCAACAAUCCGUGCUGAUGUGCGUGAUGCAACGACUGGCGAAGGAUCCAAGGUGCACGGUGCAUCGCGUCCUACUACCCGUCAGAGAACCGCGUCCAGGUUGGAUCCACAUCGCCGCUCCGUCCAGCCCAGCUUGUCCAGAUCGUGGAGAACUGUUCGGCGAGAUGCUCACGACUCUGCUGGCGUGCUGCUGUCGGCGGAAGAGGUUCAUCGCGUCCCUGCUGAAGCAGGCGGGUGACGAUUGCAUUCUGCUGGCGGUGCGGGGCUGCGACGCCGCGCAGGAGGUGCUCUGCUUGAUGCUCGAGUGGCGUUUGCUGCCGAACGAGGAGGCGAGACUUCAGAUAGUCAACGCACUCGAGUCUACGGAAUCCGGGAAGGAACGCUACGCCGCUCUCUGCCAGAGGCAGAAGAGUCUACAGGAGCUGCAACAAAAGGGCGGACCCCGGAAACUGACGCUACCGGUACGAGCGACCGACGCCGACGUCGCCCUUUUUCUGGGCGGUCGUGCUCUCGGUAAUCUCGAAUGCCUUAGCCUGGCCUUCACCUCCGUGACGUCCGCGUGCGCGGAACAACUGAUAAAGUUGCCGGCACUGAGAUAUCUGAACUUGUGGGCUACGCAGUUCGGCGAUACUGGCCUACAGAUGAUCAGCGAGCAUCUGCAGAAGCUGCAGGUGCUGAACCUCUGCGAGACGCCCGUGUCCGACAAAGGCAUCUCCACGUUGGCCUCAUUAACCAGCCUAAGAAAAUUGAACCUAAAUAGCACGAAGCUGUCAGCUCAGACGUUUGAGUCGUUGAAGAAGCGACUGCCGGCCUUGCAAGAAUUUGACGUUCGAUACACGGAGGCCUGGUGACCCGAUGUCACGUCCAGCACCUCGCCCAUCGGCAGCAGCGAUCGUCGUGACGUGAAAACGAAGAGGCAAUGCUGAGGUGCUCGGUCGUUUGGAAGAAAAUUCAAGACGCGUCACGAGGUGACGUUCGUAUUCUCGGUGCAUUCAAUAUCGUGCAUUGGGCGCGGUGAAUUCGUUCAUUAGCUUCGAUUUGCUACGCGACGUUUGCGAUCAGCAUAACGAUCAUUGAAAAUUAUGAACCUUUGUCGAUGAAACUCUUCCUAGGGGAAAAGAAACGAAGUCUUCUGUGUUAAGCACCGUGUAGGAUGAGCGAAGAGCCUUUUAUCGCGUUUUUACGCAUCCGACGUAUCUCGCUUCUUCCGGCUUAAUCGACGAUUCAUAGCUUUCCGAAGGGCGAUAAAUCGAUGGUAUCAAUACAUUCGCGUGUCCAUUAAAUGUAUCUUCCAUUUUCCAAUUGAUAUUAUUUACGAGACACCCUAGAUCAAGACUUUCUUCCGAAGACUCGUGCCAGGCGGCUCGAUGGCACACCCGGCGAAUUAUUUUAAAAGCGUCCCUCUGCGCAUCGUCGUCGACGGGGAACCAUACUUUUCAGGAACAUUCCAGCACCGCGAACGCAGACGUCAGUUUCCAGGAAAGACGCGCGCAUUCGUUUGAAUAAAUAUCGACGAGCGACGAUGAGACGUCUCUCGGGUAUUAGAAUAGAAUCCGUUCGAGAAAUGCGCGAGGUGGCACACGUGUAACGAUCGCGUCGAAGAGUAGCGAUCGUUAGAGAGUUGUUUGCGCGACAAAGUCGUCCACCUCGGGUUGGCGAAGGGAACAUUUGCGUAGACGCGAUAUUUGCAAUAGCGCGCCUGCCUUGACGACUCUGAUCGAAAACGACCGUUAACGAUCGCGUUUAACGAUCGUUUUUACGCGACUCUGAAGGCCGGCUUCGUCGAGCGUCAAUACUUAAACAAUAGUUUCAGCGAGUCCUUCCUCCAUCCAUUUUCUAGUUCUAGGAAAAAGAGUUGUUUUUUUUUGUUCGUUUUUACGCCGUUAAAAGUGCGUUAGAAUGCAUCUUCUUCCUCCCAUCCCAGCCCUGGGAUUGUCUUACUUGUAACACGCGCGUGUUAUCUCUUAACGAUGUUGUUUUUGACGGAGAUUACAAAUAUCGUCAUUCGAUUUUUAGUUUCGAGUUUAUUCGAAUUCAUCAUUCGCGCCGAUAAAGUUGAAAAAUCGUUACGAUCCGCCGCGUCGCGAGAAGACUCUCAUCUGCUAAUGGAAGUGCGACGCCAGUAAAAAGAAAUCAAAUAUUUAUUUCUGGCGAAUAUACACAUAGCUUCGCAUAAUGAGAGUCCUCUCCUGGCUUCUCGUGGUUUUACAGACGAGAAAAAAAAAUUGUUGAACGCUUCACGCAAAUCAUUAUUCAAUAGAUAGAGAAUCGGCGUCAUGAUUGAAAGAGUCUUAGCUAAUCGGAUAACCAGCGUGACAGAUGAUAUAAAUGACGAUGAUCGCGACGAUCCUCCGCGAUCUCCAACGCGAAACAAAGACUGUGCCCAAUCGUGUGUCAGCGCGUUGCUGGACCGCAGCCGCCAAUCGAUCCAUCCCUCUGUGCGUGAAGUGUCCUUUUCGUCGGGGGGAACACCAUUAUCCCUGGAUUUGCCCCUUUUUCGUUCGAGGCGUGCCCAACUGCCUUAAUCAGCGAGUUCUGAGCGACCACUGCCACAACGCAUCGCGUCGCAGCGAGCGCGAUUUUACUCUAACAAAACGAGGGAGCGAAGCUUCGUCAGAGGGUCCCACGUUCUGUCGCGAGAUCGGAAAGCCCCCGCGUUUCGCGUUUAUACGAAGCUUCCGGAGCCGCGGAGCGACGCGGGCUCGCACACGUGCAUUUCGUUCCCUAAUGUAAAUAGAUAGGUAGUUAAGGAAUCGUCUCCCUCUUCCCUUUCUCCUUCGAUUUAUUAGAUAGAUUUUAAUAAUUUAUUCUCUAGCUAGACAUCUUCUCGUAUUUAUAUAUUACGAUAAUAUUACUACAUGUAUGUCGCACGAUCCAACUCGUACUAGCGUCAACACGCGUUUAAAGGGAUAGACGAUACCUCGAGUUUAGAAGCGUCGGCAAACGAGAGAGAGAGAGAGAGAGAGAGAAAGAGUGGGUGCCCCUCGAAGAGUGGGCAGGAUUUGGCCGUCACGGGAGUCGUGGCGAUGGCGACCGACAGUUUCGCAACAAAAAAAAAUUCUCAUCUCGUUAUUGUAAAUGCCGCAAGGGAACAAGCAUUGUAAGAAGACUGUUUACGUCAAUUUAAAUAAGGAUCAUUAACUUAGGGAGCCACGAAUUAAUUACUCGAGUUAAUUCUUCAGCGUCACACGCGUCUGUGAGCGAAGCAGACAAAAAUUCGAAUUCAAUACCUCACAUCCUUUUCCUGUCACGCCUUCCGUUGUCUCUCACGUCUCAGCGAGAUCCACGGAUCUCGCGCCGGUAUUUGGCUUUCGCGCGACUCGCCAAAAGCUGUAAAAGUUUCUCUUUUUAAGUUUUGUUCUUAAAUCGUUUCUCCCUUCGCAUGUAAUUCUAGCCGUUUGCCGUUUUGUCGGUGAAAAUCUGUAAAACAUACUCUGUUAGACGUGUUACGAGAACGAUCGGAUGAUUCAGCGUUAAAUUAUUAAUAAUGGUAUCUUUCUUUGACAUUUUCGUACGAAUAAACUGUUUAAUCGAAGAACAUUGA